AUGUCCUUGUUCACCAUCCCCAUCUCCUCCACAGGAGGCAGCAUCGUCUGCUCUAAUCCCACCUCUUCCGAGAAAGAGAAAAACAUCUACCUCCUCACCUUCACCUCGCCAAAAGACAACAGACUCACCCCGACAUUCAUCGAUGCCCUCAUUCUAGCGUUAGACAUAAUCGAACACCGCUUCCCCAAAGGUGUCGUGAUCACCACAAGCGGCAUCCCCAAAUUCUACAGCAAUGGGCUCGACCUCGAACUCGCAACUACCACAGAGGGCUUCCUCGAUAAGUGGCUCUGGAAGCUAUUCCGGCGCUUUCUCACGUUCCCCAUGCCAACAAUCUGCCUGCUGAACGGGCACGCCUUCGCAGGAGGGCUCAUGUUUGCCAUGUACCACGACUACCGGAUCCAGAAUCCCGCCAAGGGCUUUCUGUGCAUCAACGAGCUCGAGUUCGGGGUGCCUCUGCAGAGCCCCAUGAUGAGCAUCUUCAGGGAGAAAUUGUCCCCGUCCGCGUUCCGGGAUCUGAUCCUUGAGGCGAAACGGUUCGCAGGGCCGCAGUCUGUUGCUGUGGGAUUGGUGGACGGCGUAGGUGGGCUUGAGGAGACGCUGCAAUUGAUUCGGGAGCGGGGACUGCAGACUAAGGCUGCAACUGGGAUCUAUGGUACGAUGAAGGAGGAGAUGUAUCGGCAUACGCUGGACAUCCUGGAUAACCAUGCGGGUAAUCUGGCGUGGAGGGAGAAGGUGGAGGAGAGGAAAGUGACAGCAGGAGAGGCUGCGUUGAGGGCUGUAGAGGCGUUUGAGAAGCAGAGAAAUGCGAAGCUGCACCUCACCCACCAACGCACAAUGACUCUCAGUGCAUUCAUUCUCCUUCUCACGCUGGUCGCUGCUCUGGCCCCAGAAUAUGACUUCAUCGUCGUUGGAGGAGGAGUCAGCGGCCUUGUCGUCGCCAACCGUCUCUCUGAGGACCCCAGCGUCUCCGUUCUCGUCAUCGAAGCCGGUCCAUCAGUCCUCGACAACGUAAACGUGACAGAUAUCGACGCGUACUCCCGUGCCUUUGGUACCGGAAAAUAG